AUGAGGAACCGUAAUCCGUUACUGGAGAGACGGUGGUUUGUGGGCCUGGCGGCGGUGGGCCUGAUCGUCACGGGGCUUUUCCUCACAAGCUCGAUCCGAUCCCCGGAAACCUCGUAUCUGUGUCCGGCCGCGCUCGGGAUCCGAACCCGAACCGAAUUCAGUUACGAACCGGCACCGAUGCAGAUGCGCGCGAUUCUCCAUUACGCGACGUCGCGCGUGGUGCCGCAACAAUCGGUGGCGGAGAUCAAGAUCAGUCUGGACGUGAUAAAGUCACUGGGCCGGCCCUGCAACUUCCUGGUGUUCGGGCUGGGCCACGACUCCCUCAUGUGGGCGUCGUUCAACCCGGGAGGCAGGACGGUGUUCCUGGAGGAGGACCCUAAGUGGGUCCACUCGAUCUUGAAAGACGCGCCGGGCCUGAAGGCCCACACGGUCCGUUACCGCACGCAGCUUCGCGAAGCCAAAACGCUGCUCACCUCGUACCGCUCCGAAGCCGCGUGUUCUCCUGCGAGAGCGUACCUGCGAGGCAACGAAGCGUGCAAGCUGGCGCUGGAGAAUCUCCCCGACGAGGUUUACGAGACGGAGUGGGACAUGAUCAUGAUCGACGCGCCCAAGGGGUACUACGCGGAGGCGCCGGGGAGGAUGUCGGCGGUGUUCUCAGCCGCGGUGAUGGCACGCAACCGGAAGCAACUCGGUGUGACGCACGUGUUCUUGCAUGACGUGGAUCGCAAGGUGGAGAAGGUGUACGCUGAAGAGUUUCUGUGUAAGAAGAACUUUGUGAACGGUGCUGGAAGGCUUUGGCACUUCAAGAUACCUCCUUCUAACGACACACUUGCUUCGCAUUUCUGCUAG